CAAAAAUAAAAACAUAUUUCUAAGUUUCUCUUUUCCAUCUACUCAACAACAUCUUAUAUUACUAUUACAACAAGUGUUCUUACCAAAAAACAAUAACCCGAAAAUAUAGUUCAGUACUCGGUUCAGUAUAAAUAAACUGGACACAGAUAAAUAUUUCUAAUAAUCAUUUUAUUAACCUACUACAAUCACAAUGACUAUUGGAGCUCUGUCCUCUAAAAAAAAACAAAAUAAUUAUCCACCACAAGGAGUACGUUGCCAGAAAUGCCUGGAAUACGGCCACUGGUCUUACGAAUGUAAAGGCAAACGCAAGUACCUUCACCGUUCGUCGAGAAGUCAACUGUUGAAGAAGAGAAUAAAGGCCGUAGAAGAAGGUAUUGCAGUGGCUGUUGCCAAAAAACGAGGCACAAAAGCGAAAACAUUGAAAAAGAAAAGGGACAGUUCGAGUAGUUCAUCUAGUUCCAGUUCAGAUGAUAGCAACAGCGAUACUGAUACUGAUAGCAGUUCGUCUAGCUCAAGUGAUGAAGAAUCUAAAUAAUAAGUUCAUUAAUUCUGUUAAAUUUAUUUUUUAAUAAUAA